CCAGGGAGUGAAGCCGAUUUUAGCUCUUCAAGCAGCACAGGCAGUAUUUCAGCUCCUGAAGUCCAUAUGUCCGCUGCUGGAAGCAAAAGAUCUUCUUUUUCUCGCAAUCGUGGCCCUUAUGGUCGGAAUAAUGGAUCCUUAUCCUACAAGUCCGGAGCCAGCCCACCUGCUUCCCGUGAAAAGGACCCUUUGUCAGCACUCUGCAAAAACCAGCUGAGUCCUGCUAACAUCCAUCAGAGUUACAGGGUUUCUUCAGCCAGCAGCAGCAACUCAGGCUCAUACAAAGGAAGCGACAGCAGCCCGGUGAUGAGGCGAUCAGGGAGAUACAAUUCUUGUGGUGACAAUCACAGCAUUAAGCCACAAAAUCCAGAGCAGUAUUUGACUCCUCUGCAGCAGAAAGAAGUUACAGUACGGCAUUUGAAAACAAAGCUGAAGGAAUCUGAGACCAAACUUAAAGAAAGGGAAACAGAAAUACAAGAGCUCAAAGCUCAGCUGGGACGGAUGAGGGAAGACUGGAUUGAAGAAGAGUGUAGUCGUGUGGAGGCAGAGCUGGCCUUAAAGGAAGCAAGAAGCGAAAUUAAACAACUGAAGCAGGUUAUUGAAACCAUGAAAAACAGCUUGGCUGAGAAAGACAAAAAAAUUCAGAAAUACUUCAUAGACAUAAACAUUCAAAACAAGAAACUGGAAUCUUUGCUCCAGAGCAUGGAGGUGGCUCAGAACAGCUCUGUGAGGGAUGAGCAGUGCCUGGAGUACAUGUGUGACUCAGAGGGGAAGCCGUUUGCGUUGUGUGCCACGAUGCCAGGCAGCCUCAUCACAGAGGACCAGGCUCUGGAGGAGGUGGCAGAUAGUGGGCUGCUUCUUAAUGAGGACACAGCUAACGGGACAGAUUCAUCUGAAGAGAGUUUGACCACCACAACCUCUGAGUUGAGUGAUCGAGCUCCCUCCAGUUCUGCUGUGAAUAAAGAGAUGCUUGAAAAUGUUCUGGAUGAAAAACUAACUUCUUCACAGGAGGAGGAGAAAAGCAGCAACAUGAUGGUGGAACAGGCUGUCCAGACGGACGUGGUGCCAUAUAGCCUAGAUGUGGAGCAGCUUAUUCAAAACAUCUUCAGAGCUCAAGAUGCCUGUCCUCUAAGCCCACCUUCUUCACUGAAGGAAUUGGGUGAAUUUUCUCUUGGAAGCUUCAGUGAUUCUGGUAUCGUAGUGGAUUUAACUCCAAGUGAUCCAAACUCUGCCAUCCUUUUGUCUCCUAUGGAGUCUCCAUGCAGGAAGGUGGAGCACGGAGUUAAUGAAAACCAUUUCAUGAAAGAACUUGAUUUUACAGAACCUCAUGAUGAUGAAGCCUUUGGGUAUGUCAAUACUUUCUCUCAGACAGGAAUAAAGAGGAGCUACUGGAGCAGCAGUCUCCUCAGAGAUGUUCUGGCUGUAGCAGCCCCUGUUGUACCAACUAUCAUGUGGGUUUUCAGUACUCAGAGAGGAGGAACAGAUCCCAUUUACAAUAUCGGAGCAUUGCUUCGUGGUUGCUGCCUGGUGGCCCUGCACUCUUUACGCCGUACACCCUUCAAUAUCAAAACCUAAAAUCUACUCUGUCCCUGGGCACAAACUGUGUGAGGCAGAGAGAAAGAAGGAUGAUAUAGAUUAUAAAAAGUUGUUGUAUAUCCUGGCAGAGUCCAUCAUUUUGCUUUUGACUAUUUGAUUUGCACUAUAAAUCGGUUCGAAAGCAUACUCCUUGUUUCAAAAUAAAAA